AAGACCGAAUGUUUUGCUGGUGCGUUCGACUGGUGCCUCGGAGCCCUCGCAUGCGUAGGCGCGGCACUGCGCGUGCGCGCGCGCGAGUGUCGCGUUGCGUUGUCGCCGUGUUGUCGCCGUGUUGUCGCCGUGUUGUCGCCGUGUUGCGUUGCGGUGAUGUCUGUUGCAACGAUUUCAUGGAAGAAGACGGCAACAACGGGAAAACGUUUAUUAGCAUGUCGAUAAACAAACAAGUGCUAGUAGUUAAGAUCGUCGGAUGGUUGCGCAGAGCUAACGAGAGAACGAGGGAGGGGGUAUUGUGUGGGUGCCAGGAUUGACCACGAGACGCGGCGAGGAGAGGAGAGAACUCUCGUAUGUAUUGAAUGCGCAAAAAAGUAUGUACAGCAUAGUCGUGGAGUUUAUUCAAGUUUAGGAAGAUCCCCCAGUGUUUGAACGGCCAUAAUGUUGAAGUAUCGUAACGUCCGUAACGUCCAGCCUGGCCUCAGACUCGUCACACUCGAAUUCCAUGGUAGGCCGCUCUUUUCUUUUUUAGAUAAGCGCAUAAAGCCAGCGACGAGCGCAAACAGAUUUCAACUCUCACUCGCUCGCGUGUGUGUGUGUGUCAAGAACACUCGCAACAGUAUCAGCGACGCCUUUUCCUGCUCUAACAAUAAGACUGAAAAGUCCAAAUAUUAGUCUGCGUGAAUUCUCUUACUUUUUCUGGCCGAACUUGUCGAUCGCGGAUCGCUCAUUGAGAAUCGAGCGCAGGAAUUGCCGACAACGUGUGGAGCAUGCAUGUGCAGUUGGGCAGGACAACGAGAGUACACGCUCGGUCAGUCGAGAGAUGCAACGGGAGUGCAGCAAAGCGGGAGGUUAAAAUAGGAGCAGGAGCCCAUGUGCAGAUUGUGCAGAUUGCGCAGAUUGCGCAGGCAACGCACAACUUCCGUAAGGAUAACGUGGAGCGGGUAAGGCUAAGGCAACGAGUCUGCUGCUGCAUGUCCGAUGGACAAGAUGAUGGACCACAGUCUACACCACCUUGCAGCACUCUUACGGAAGUUCCGUGUGCAAUGGCCUUAAGGUGUCGACAAGAGGAACGAAGGCGUCGCCUGACGUUCUGCAACCAGAGUGAGCGUCGAUGGGCGGCAGAGGGGGGUGAGAGGCGAGCGUCGAGCGGAAGGGGAUAGGGAACUCCGCGGGACGCGCGGCGUCGCUCGAGGGGCGGGCAGUGCGGGCGUCGCGGGCCCGAGGGGGCAUGAAACGCGUAAACAGAGAGUCAACAUGUAAACAGGCCACUCGCGAGACAAACAACGUGGGGGCCACGGGCUGUUCACCGAGCGACGAGACUCGUUCGGCCGCCUGGUUGUUCGCUCGCGCGCGCUCUCUCGCUCUCUCGCUCGCUCUCUUCUACGUAGGUUCGUUCAGUUUCGUCUCGUCUCGUCCCGUCCCGUCCCGUCCCGUCCCGUCCCGUCUCGUCCACUAGCUCAUUCGUCGGCUCGUUCGCGUUGCCUGCUGCUCUGCUUUACGUAGCGGAGGCAGCUAGGACGCCGCUACACGUUAUAAUCUAAAGUCUUUAUAAUAUCGUAGUGCCUACACUGCAGACUCUACCUCGCAGUACUCUGCACGCGGUACGGUGCUCACGGAUUUCUGUGAAUCUUCACGCGCGGGAAUCGUCGACGCGAUUUAACUCAGAGUUUCCCUUCCCCCGUACCCCUUCCCCCCUCUCUCCCUCUCUCUCUCCCUCUCUCUCUCUCUCUCUCUCUCUCUCUCUCUCUCUCUCUCUUUCUUCCUUUCUUCGUCACAUCGUCGUCGUACUUCGGUUUCCCUAGGCCGAGUUGCCUCCUGUAACUCGGAUGUCAGAGCGAAGCCGCCGCCGUCGGCGACGAUGACGACGAUGAGUAGUAUCGCUUGGAUACGUACUCACGAAGAGCAACGGGCUUACGUGCGUGGCGGCGCAACUAUUAAAGUGAACCAAAGAAUCUCGUCGCGAUUAGCCGUUCGUUCAGGAAGAAUCAGUUCGCGCUCCUCUCACUCGCAAUGCUCGUACUGAUCGAGGUGACGCUGGUUACCGCAGGUAGCGUUAUCUGUGCAUAUUUACGUUAGUGAGCGCCAUCGUCGCUACGUCACCAGUGACUGACGUGUGCAAGUUAACCACGAGGAAAUCGUACGUUCCUGCAGCAACGUUCUCUACUGAGUUCUCUUCGUCUCGAACAUUGGAGCCUACUGCACUGACUGUCAUCGACUAGUGCUCUCUCCGGCCUCCCUUCCGCGUCCCCACACCUGCCACUGCUGUUAUCAGCAUUCUUACUAUUGUCAUUGCUAUCAUCCUCGUCAACACCAAUAUGGCCACCGGUACCUCGACUCGCACUGACAGCCCCUCCCGAUCCUAAUCACCCUCCGAUCCUUUCGAUCAACAGAUGCAAGGCUGUCAUCGGAUUUCAUGUCAGUGGUGCAAUCUCCCUUGGCUAUCAAGACCCAAUGACAUGGCUCAUUGAUGGGCACAUCGGUGAGAACCCCUUCGACAACGGAUCCUGGGGAAAGGAGCACUUUCAACCAGCGACAGUUCCUUGGCAGCUCAAUCCACGCGGCCACAGUCGUCUCAGUGACGAUGGCAUGAUGGAUCAUGACACUGACGGUGACGGCGCGAUCAACCUGUCCACCUCUCAACGACCGUCAGCUUCCUCGACACCAAACGGCGACGCAUCGGCCUACAGCCAGGAUCACCAGGAGAACGAUCAGGUCAGCACGCUUUUCGCAGCGUUGAAGCAGCAGCAGCAGCAGCAGCAGCAACAGCAGCAACAGCAUCUUCAGUCAAGGGACUCGUCCCACAACAGAGAAAGAGUAAUAACGCGUGGGCGCGAGAGGGUCAGCAGCAACAGCACAGCCAGUGGAGCCGACGGGGAGCAGCAACAAGAGCUCACCAUCGAGUACCAAGGCAAUGGGAAGCUCAGUCCUACUGGGCACUCACUGACAUCUGCACCGAUGACCCAGCAAAAGCAGCCAUUCAUCACGCAACAGUCCCAGCAGCCGAGUUCCGGGGCCCCCGGGCCCCAACCAAGUCCUCAUCAGAGUCCUCAGGCACCCCAAAGGGGCUCACCGCCGAAUCCUACGCAGGGCCCGCCCCCAGGAGGCCCCCCAGGGGGUGGUCCACCCUCGCAGACAGCGUCGCAGAUGAUGCUCAGCCCGGCGAGUGGCUUGCAUCAGAUGCAGCAACUUCUACAGCAGCACAUUCUCAGUCCAAGUCAGCUGCAGUCGUUCAUGCAGCAACACACGUUGUACCUGCAACAGCAGCAGCAGCAGCAGCAUCACCAGGACUCCUCGGAACAUGCGGCUAACCAGGAACGAUUCGGUUAUUUUUCAUCUCUGAAAAACCACCAACAUCAACUGGCUGAACUCGGCCGCAAGCAGCUCGAGCAGGCCAUGCAGCAGCUGCAGGAACAGCUGCAGCUCAACCUGAUCCAACAGACGCAUCUACUGCAGACAGCCGACAAGAAGAAAGCCUCGGCGCCGCUCCAGCAACUUGCGCUCCAGCAACAGCAAUUGAUACAGCAGCUUCAGAUCACCCAGAGGCAGUAUCUACUUCAGCAAGGCUUGGGUCUCCAGGGUCACAAUCACUCCUCAGGCCUCCAGCCAGGGGACUCUCUGCCGGCAUGGAAGACGACGGACGCCUCGGACGGUCCGGAGACGCACCAGAAUUCGAACGCGCUGAAAUCCUCGACGGGAUUGAACGGUAUUUUAAAUUCGAUAGUUUCCGGCCGACGGACGGAAAUGAAUGGCGGCUCCGGCUUGGAUGAGAAACCACUGGAUGUCUCCUGCAACGAUAAGGCUCAUCCGCUCUACGGUCACGGAGUUUGCAAGUGGCCCGGCUGUGAAGUUAUUUGCGAUGACUAUCAAGCAUUCCUCAAGCACCUCAACACCGAACACACCCUGGACGACAGAUCGACAGCACAGGCUAGAGUGCAGAUGCAGGUUGUCUCGCAGUUGGAAAUACAGUUGCAGAAAGAACGCGACCGGCUGACUGCAAUGAUGCACCAUCUUCACGUGGCCAAGCAGAUGGCCUCGCCCGAACCGCCAAAAUCCUCGGAAUCCUCGACGGGAUCGAGUUUACCGAAGCUGAAUCUCUCCUCGGCCUUGAUGAGUCAACCACCAUCGAACUUUGGCGUUUCCCAGGUCUCGCCAGUCUCGAUGUCGGCCCUCGUUUCUGCCGUGAGGUCACCGGCGGGAGGACAACUUCCGCCAUCAGCGGGUGGUGCCCCGAUGCCGCCGAUACCGAACCUCUCGAACAUGUCAGGCAUACCACCGAUGCCAAACAUGCCCGGCAGCAUGCCGAGUAUGCCGAGUAUGCCGAGUAUGCCGAGUAUGCCGAAUAUGCCAAGUAUGCCCAGUAUGGCUGGACCCAUAAGAAGGCGAAUCAGCGAUAAAUCGGCACUCUCUCUGGCUGGAGGGCUGCCCUACAUGCUGGAGCGUGCUGGUCUUGACGUCCAACAAGAGAUACAACGGAAUCGGGAAUUUUACAAGAAUGCUGAUGUGCGGCCACCCUUCACAUACGCUUCAUUAAUUCGACAGUCGAUAAUCGAGUCGCCGGAUAAGCAACUGACGUUGAACGAAAUCUACAACUGGUUCCAGAAUACAUUCUGCUACUUCAGACGUAACGCAGCCACGUGGAAGAACGCAGUGCGACACAACCUGUCUCUCCACAAAUGUUUCAUGCGAGUCGAAAACGUGAAAGGGGCCGUUUGGACGGUGGACGAAGUGGAGUUUUACAAGAGACGUCCUCAACGCGCUUGCAGCACGACUGGGGGUGUCCCGUCCAAGAGCCCCACGCUAACCCACAGUCCAACGAUGUAUGGGGAUGCACUGAACAGCAACCUCCAGUAUUUCCAGGCUGCGCUCGGUGAGUCGAACAUGGGCUUCCUGAACAACUCGAUGUGCACGUCGACAGCGACAAGUCCUGACAAGGAGCACGUGAUGGCCCACAGCGAUCUGAUGUCACCUUUGGAUGAACCGGCGGUGCAUAUAAAGCAAGAGGGUCAGAGUCCCGAGGGAGGCAAGCUGUCCAGACUAAUAAAGCGUGAACUCCUGGAUGCACCAACGGAACAGGAGCAGGAGGAGGACCAGGUUGACGAGAGGGAUUACCCGGAGAGUCACGGGCAUGAUUCCGGUCAGGAGGAAGAUAUGGCCGAGGACCUCUCGAUGGCACCCGACAUCAUGACGCCGGAUGAUCAGAUCGAGGCGUAGUAGCGGCGUUCCAGCUGUUAACUAGGUUCUCAUCUUCUCGGCUCUAUUACAGCCAUUCGUCGUCGCUAAAAAAGAAGAAACGAUACGACGAAACAUACGGAUCCCUUACCCUAUCCAAAAGUUCCCCUAUCUUAUCCCCGUCAUACCCCUAAGACUACUACCAUAAUAUAUACUACAUUACGAACCCCACCAGCUCAGCCACCAAAGAAUUAUUAGACACCGUCGCCCUGAGAAGUCCUCCCCGGAAGAUGCCUGACCUCUCACACUCUCACCAUAUCGAAAGCGCGCUUCCGGGCGCAGUGGAAGGAAGAAUCUUUGCUAAGGAACUUAUCGAGGAAAGCUCCGAAACGAAAACUAAAUACACGAGGGACUUUUUCGAGGAGAGAGAAAGCGGCGAGCCAAUUGAAUUGGCUAGGAUACGCCUCGAUCCAUCAAUCCAUAUCUUUAAUCAAGCAAUUGCGAACAACGAUGUUUAUAUUCUUUUGCCUUUUCUCUUAUUUUGUUUUCUUGUUAUAAUGUACAUUUCGUCGCGGUGCGAGACACGUCGCGAGUAAUUGUCGCGUCCUCAGGAGAGAGUGUUCCGUAGCGACCGAAACCUCUGAUGAGACGCCAAUCUCGUGGAGGAGAAGGAAGGCAUUGCUCGGCUGCUAGUCGGUAGCCAAAAUGCCAAAGGACACUCUCUCCAGGAUUCGUACAUAAAAAUAUAUAUAUAUAUAUACACGUAUGCACACUCGCAAGUACGUAGACCCAUGUACAUACACGACACUUCGGAGCGUCUAGAUACGCUUAGUGGAUUCACGAGAAGAGAUAAGGUGCACAUGGGUAGAUACGUGAUGUAGAUAAUGUAGAAGUUAUUAAAAUGAAAAUACGCUAAUACAUUCGAUUGGAAUCAGUCUGGCACUUGUUACGGGCCUUCUGUUAAUGGAGUCAAUGUUAAGGAUGGAGGUGGGCAUGUUGACACGUGUCCUUCCCCGAAGUCUUGAAAUCUCGAGAUCCGAAAAUUUCGCAACACUUCGGCGACGUGACUGGCCACCGCAACCCCGUUAAUCUGUAUAGUCUAGUUAUUACAUUAUUAGGUAGUUUCGUAUUAAUUCGUACGAAGUAACCGAGGUAGAAUUUGUAUAUGAAGCACGAGGUGAGCUUUUUGACGCGAGAGUGGGAGUGAUAGGGAUCGAUAAUGACGAAAGCAAGGGAAAAUUUGUAGGAGAGAUAAACCAAAUCGAGACAAAGCAACAGCCAGUAGCCGCAAAAGGAUUCACACAUGACAGAAGUACACGCGCGACUUUAUGCUUAAGAGGGUAUAUAAGAAGAAUAGAAGGAGCGGAUGGUACGAACUCUAUGAAUAAAUUAAAGUAUUAUAUAUGCAUAUACAUAUAUAUACGUAUACGUAUCAGAAUUUAAGGAUUAAAUGUCGACCCCCCCGUCCACGAACCCCAAAAAUCUUCAUCUUCAGCCAAUUCUCACAAGAGACCGCGAAACAUGCUCGAUAUGUAGAAGGUGAUAAGAAAAUAAGAAAGAAGAACUGAGAGGCCCUCGGCCGCACAUACGCGAACGUACGUCUAGCUGGAAAAGAUACGUAGAGAGGCAGAAGGUGCGAGAGAAUCAGGGAGUAAUGAAAAUUUCGCAGAAUCACAGGACCCAGAGAAAUUGCCAAGGCCGCUCUCGACAGCUGACCUUCGUACGCAGGCACACCGAACAUUAGACAGACACAUACCAGACCAGCCCUCUAUAUCUAUCUACUAAUACUAAAGUAACUAAUGGUUAUAUGACACUAUGUGGUCGACGAUUACGAGGACGAAUACGGAGGACUGUCACGAGGAGAAUAAGAAUGAGCGCGAGCCAACCGAAGGGCUGGCUCCUUGCCGCGAUGCCAAAAACUAACGGAAAGGAAGGAAAAGGAAGGAAAAGGAAGGAAAAGGGGAUCGCGCGAGCCCUGCGUAUCUCGGGACGAGUUCGCCUAUCGUAAAGCCGCUACUCUAAGUCUAUGUACUGUGUAUAAUGAAUUAAGGACUUGAUAUAUAGACUCUCCUGUACAUAGUUAACUGAUAAGGCAUUAGGAAUUAAUUAAUACACGAAUACAUCGUUUACGAAAA